CGGACUUGGCUUUCGGCUCAGCGCCGAGCUUGGUUUCGGCAUGGGCGAGGCCCGCCAGGGCUCCUGGGGCAAGGGCCCAGAGUUCCCGCACCCCCCGCGCCAGAGUUUGCUUGUGGAACCCACCCAGACGGUCUUCUCCAAGAAGGUGGGCUGGGAGGUGCGGAGCCGGGCGACUGCUCCGGAGGCCAUCGAGAAAUGGUACAGCAGCAGACCCUGGCGCGGGGUGCCUUUCGCCACCUUGGGCGCCACCUUGGGCCGCCGCCCCGAGGAAGCUGAGCUGCCGGAGCCGCGGUCCUUCGGGCAUCUCACGCGGACCUCCUCCGCACCGCUGAACCUCGCCGAGAUGUGCCGAGUCGCGCGGGUGGCGCACACGCAGCACCGCGCGCAGCAAGCGCUGGCCAUCCGCCCGUGAGCCCUACACCUGGGCUGAAGCUUGGGCUUGCAACGCGCGGCCAAGACACCGUGCCAAACCAGGGAAGCGUGCUGCUAGGUUUUUUUUUAUUUCUCGGGGCCUCAGGCCGUGGUUUGUGUUCUUACCUGG